AUACACUGUAAAGCUGUGAUCCGCCUUACAAUAGAAGAAGAAGAACAGCUGCUUCUCAACGUUAGCAGCUACACUAUAGAUUAAACCACAUAUCCACAUCGGACAGCCAAAACGACAGUUUUAGACUGUUAUUUUUGGUAAUUUUCCUCCCAGUCUCGACUUUUACAUGGACAACACGCUUAUCACGGAAAAGCGAGCUGAAUUGUUAAGUGUUUUGGCAGGGCGAAGAGAGGCUAUAGCAGGCUAAUCUGCGUUUGCAAAAAUACAGUAGUGACUUUUAAACAUCAGUGUAUUCAUAAACAUACAGACAUGGAGUUCAACGUUAGACGACUGGCAGCAGAUGCUGGUACUUUCCUCAGCCGUGCUGUACAGUUAACAGAGGAGAAGUUUGGGCAGGCGGAGAGGACUGAGCUAGAUGCCCACCUAGAGACCCUCAUGGGCCGGGCGGAGUCCACCAAACACUGGACAGAGAAGAUCAUGAAACAGACAGAAGUUCUGCUGCAGCCAAACCCCAAUGUCAGGAUGGAGGAGUUCCUUUAUGAGAUGCUGGACAAAAAAGUCCCAACACGUGCCAACAACCACGAGUUGCUGGGGGAGUGCAUGAUCGACUCGGGGCACGAGUUUGGACCUGGAACAGCAUAUGGGAGUGCUCUCAUUAAAUGUGGGGAAACUGAGAAGCUGGUAGGCAGUGCAGAGAAAGAAUUCAUCCAGAGCUCGGCAAUCAAUUUUCUCACUCCCUUUAGGAACUUCAUCGAGGGCGAUUUUAAAACCAUAGUGAAAGAGCGAAAACUGCUUCAGAAUAAGCGUCUGGAUCUGGAUUCGGCCAAAAACAGACUGAAGAAGGCUAGAGUGGCUGAUGCUCGCUCUGCAGAGCUGAACUCAACCCCUCCACUGGGAGAGGAGUAUGUGGCUCACUUUUCUUACACGCUCAGCUUCUUGCAUGUCAGGUGGCUAAAGAUGUGGGCUGUGGAAGUCAAACAGGCAGAGACAGAACUGAGGAUAGCACAGAGUGAGUUUGACCGGCAAGCUGAGAUCACCAGGCUUCUACUAGAGGGCAUCAGCAGCACUCAUGCUCAUCACUUGCACUGUCUGAAUGAUUUUGUGGAUGCUCAAGCCACUUAUUAUGCACAGUGUUAUCAGUACAUGGUCAACCUGCAGAAACAGCUGGGAAGCUUCCCUUCCACAGUCUGCCCUAAUAACAAUCAGCCAGCCAGGAGCUCCUCUGCCAGUAUCUCAGUUCCCACUGUACCAGUGGCCGCCUCACUGCCCGCUCCUCCAACCAGCCAGGCCUCACCCGCACUCAACGAGCUCCGCAGCACUUCUGGCACACGUAAGGCCCGUGUGCUGUACGACUACGAUGCCGCCAGCAGCAAGGAGCUCUCUUUACUUGCUGAUGAGGUGAUCACAGUGAGCAGUGUUCCAGGCAUGGAUUCUGAUUGGCUGAUGGGGCAGAGGGGGAAUCAAAAUGGCAAAGUGCCAAUUACUUACCUGAAGCUGCUCAAUUAAGAUCAAAGGAAAAACACUAUAUAUGAGUUUGACUGCAGUAACACUCCAGAUAGGAUCAGAUAGUUAUACAUUUAAUGUAGUACAACGCAAUAGAAAAGUCUUCUACACUGCCAUGUGUGAAUGUGUGAAUGCCUCCUCAUGGGGUUUCAUAGUAGCCUUAUCUAAACUUAAAGCAGUCUGAGAUUGCCAACAACUAUGAUUUAUGUGCCAAUGGAUUUUCUUCUUUUCUCUGCUAAACUAACUGAUUGUGCUAUAAUGUGCUAUGGUGCUUGAAUAAAAACUAUACAAUCAAGCUAGGUGCUAUUUAUUGUUU